CCUUGCUAGCGCGGUGACUCUCAGAUGUCGAUUCGGAGUGUCUAUUGGUCCCACAUGCUAUGCAGUGUUCACAGAUUUUUUUAAAACAGCGAUUUGACACAAAGUAAAAGUGUUCCAUGGAUUUUCAGUGUGAGGUGAUGAAGGGUUUGCCAUGGUUUCAGUAGCAUCAUGCUUGCUCCUUAUGCAUUUCCUGGGGUUCGGAGUCAAACGAGAUGAUGGUGCUCUUGUAUGGAUUUUAAUUACUUCUCUUUCUUUUUGGUGGUGUCCAAUUACAAAAGGUAUAGUAAAAGCUGAGGGAGUUACAGUUAAAUUUGUGGAUGCCGGUUCAAAGGAAGUUUUGGAGUGUUUCAUGAAAAGUAAUACAUCACAUGCAACAUUAAUUCGAUGGGUGAAGUAUAGCGACAAUUCAUUCACAAAAAUCCUGGUCUUUCAACAAAUGCAGCAUUACCCAGAAUUCAUAAGAGAAGGUUACCGAGGUCGUGUUCGUUUAGUGAACCAAUCGUCUUUAGAACUGUCCAAUAUAAAGAGUAGUGAUGAAGGAUUAUACGAGUGCAGUCUGACGUACACAGACGGAGGUGGAGAUGAUCUUACUCAUGUUCAUCUAAAGGUCAAAGGUAAAUUCCUUUAG